AUGUAUAAAGAGCAGCUUAUUGCAUUCUACAAGCGGUAUAACCCCGCGUGCUUGGAGUCUGUGGACGAAAUCUUGGAUAUUUUUAAAGGUCGAGAAGAGGAACUUUUUCAUGUGUUGGAGGAGAAGUAUGUGGCACAAGAAAAGUUUGCUACUAACAGGAGCAACACAAGCACUUCUGUCACACCUACAGCUCUACCAGUCUAUUCUGUGGACAACUUUGGGGAGGUGGAAUUGGACAAAGUGCCGAGGAAUGGCAGCUUCUCCUUGUAUGCUCUUUGUGAGCGCCUAAGUGAAGCACUGAAGGCUAAAAGGGACGAAGUUAGUCAGUUGAUGACGAGAUUGCAAUCUGUGGAAGGCCAGCUUAAAGAGUGCAGCCGUAUAAGGACCGCUGCUCCUGUUUCUGAACUCUCCGAACGACGCGACUUUGAACGAACCUCUGUAAAUCGUGAGCUAGCACAGAAGCUUAGAAGCUGUGAGAAUGAGAGCGCCUCUCUGGGCGUAAAGAACCGUGAACUUCGAAGGGAAGUUGUUGUACUUCAGGCAGAAAAUGAAGCUCUGCGUCGUCAGAAAAAGAUAGAUGAGGAUACUUUAGUCGAUCUACAAAAGCUCGUUGACGAAUGUAAACAGAAGGAGCACCGUCUUCUUGAAAAGAUUGCUGCUCGGGAGCUAGCAACUGGGACACUGUUGCACGAAGAUGAAUUUCUGGAGAUUAUUCGAAGCAGCCAACAGCAGCUGAGAGCCUUCUACGAGGACAAGAUUUCCACUAUGCAGGACGAGAUGGAUCGCUUCUACUCUCACGCAUCUGCAUGCAUUCGGGAAAAAAAUGCCAUCAUUGACACAUUAAAGAGCGAAUCGAUUUAG